AUGUGGAGACCUCCCAACUUCACCUCGACUCAGCUUCCAGACAUCUGCUCUUCUUGGGAAAUGGAGAGCUUCGAUGAUGUUCCUAUUAUUGGACCGGUCACUCACGAACCCUCAUUUCAUGAUGAUCAUCUACCCCUCCCAUCAAACGCCUCGGAGGUAUCGGGCAAACCCGAGCUCGUGGUGACACCGGCCUCUAGCAUAACGCCUACUCCGUCAUCGAGAAUAGAGCGCACUGAUGAUGGACUGGCUGGAGAUACGUCUUCGGCAUCGGAGUUCCCUCCUUUACCCUACAACCCAGAACUUGGACCUCAUCUCGAAGAGGAAGGGGACGGCGAAGACGAAGAACCCCGGGUAGCGACAUCCUUUGAACGAGAGGCCUCUACAACAUUGGCGCAGAAAAAUCGCUUUAUCCCAGAUAAUUCUGAGGAUGAAGGCAUAAGCCGCAUGCAUAAAUUUACACUUUACGAAACUGCCACGCGUUUCUAUAUGGUUGGAAUAAACCUUGCAGAGACUCGUUUUCGGAUUCUGAAGAUCGACCGGACCUCAGAGUCUGGAGAACUGAGCAUCACCGAAGAUGAUAUGGUGUACAAUAAGAGGGAAAUGGUGCAGCUGUUGGAUGCUAUUGAUGACGGAAACAAAAGCUCUGGCGGUCUGAACCAGAAAUGCAGUGCCUGGGCUCUUCUUGGAUUCAUCAAAUUGACCGGGGCAUACUACAUGCUCCUGGUAACCAAACGAAGCCAGGUUGCCAUGGUUGGCGGUCACAACAUCUACCAGAUCGACGAAACGGAGUUGAUCCCAUUGACUACCUCGGAGUCCUCACAAUUCAAGGCCGAGAGUCACCCCGAAGAGGCACGAUACAUUGCAAUACUGAACAACCUCGACCUGUCACGAUCUUUCUACUUCAGCUACUCUUAUGAUAUCACUCGCACGCUCCAGCACAACAUUACCCGGGAGCGGAAGGUUGAUCAGAAUGGACACCCGCGACCCUUCACGCAAGACUACCAUUCGAUGUUCAUUUGGAAUCACCAUCUCCUUACGCCUACAUACGAGGCCAUCAAAAACCCUUACGAGUGGUGCCUUCCUAUCAUUCAUGGAUAUGUGGACCAGGCCAAGAUGAGUGUGUAUGGCCGAUUGGUGUACAUCACAAUAAUCGCCCGUCGAUCUCGAUUUUUUGCGGGUGCACGUUUCCUCAAAAGAGGCGCAAAUGACUUGGGAUAUGUUGCCAACGACGUGGAGACCGAACAAAUUGUCUGCGAACAGAUCACGACAUCUUUCCAUUCGGCUGGACCGGCGCUUCAUGCAAACCCUCACUACACUUCAUUCGUUCAACACCGUGGCAGUAUACCGCUCCACUGGACUCAAGAGAGCACCGGUGUAUCACCCAAGCCGGCUAUUGAGCUUAAUCUUGUUGAUCCAUUUUACUCGGCUGCAGCUUUGCAUUUCGAUAAUCUCUUCGAGAGAUAUGGCGCUCCGAUCUACAUCUUGAACUUGGUGAAGUCCAGAGAGCGAACACCAAGAGAAUCGAUACUUCUUAAAGAGUUCACAGAUGCUGUGACCUACUUGAACCAAUUUCUUCCCGAGGACAAGAAGCUCAUAUACCAGGCAUGGGACAUGAGCCGCGCAUCCAAAAGUCGAGAUCAGGAUGUGAUUGAGAUAUUGGAAGAUAUCGCAGGCGAUAUUAUCCCCAAAGUUGAAUUCUUCAAGAAUGGAGAUGAUCCUGAAUCUGGUCUACGGCUACAGAACGGCGUUGCGAGAACCAACUGUAUUGAUUGCCUUGACCGAACGAAUGCCGCCCAGUUUGUCGUUGGCAAAAGAGCACUCGGUUACCAACUUCAUGCUCUUGGUGUUAUCGAUAAGAAUACGAUCGAGUAUGACACGGAUGCUGUCAAUCUUUUCACGAAUAUGUGGCAUGAUCAUGGAGACAGUAUCGCCAUUCAAUAUGGCGGGUCACAUCUCGUCAACACCAUGGCUACAUACCGCAAGAUCAACCAAUGGAGCAGUCAGUCUCGUGAUAUGGUGGAAAGCUUCAAGCGUUUCUACAACAACUCUUUCCUGGAUGCACAGCGCCAAGAGGCAUAUAACCUUUUCCUCGGAAACUACAUCUUUUCGCAAGGUACUCCGAUGCUUUGGGACCUCCCUUCCGACUACUACCUACACCACACCAACCCAAAAUCUCACUCGGAAAGGAAACGGCCCAGCUACAUCUCUUGGUAUACACCGGAGAAUUUGAAAGAGCGAGAAAUGCCUCCACUCCCAUUCCACCCCAGAGAACCACUUUCACGCUUCGACGAUUACUGGUUGGAGUAUUACCGACCGCUUGCUCUUUCCUCGCUCUCCAAGGUCUUCUCCUGGAAGAUGAAUUCCACGUCCCGCUACCUACCUCCAGUUCGCCCCGGGCAUCCAGUUCCUGACCUGAGUCCCUUCGUCCCACGCAUUCCCCAAGAGCAGAUCCAACGAGAGCGCGUGCCCCCACGGAGCGUCAAGAUCCAGGAACCAUCGAAGAGCCACAGCCGAUCCUCAUCUGCCGCCAUUCCGAUUGCCCAAGCUGAGCAGACAUGGGCCCACCAGCCCCCGUCUUCCUCGAAGAACCCCCCAGCCAGCGGAAUUAUCAAAGAUCCCACUUUCGAAUUCCACCAGUCCGCCAAUGUUCCUCCCCUCAAUCCUCCCAGUACGCCGUCCACUCCUAGCAAAGCUCAGAUAGCCCAGUGGGGUCUCGGCCAGCUCGUCAGCGACGCACUCAAUCCGUCGGUGACCGAGGCCGAACAAGAAGAAUACAAGCGAUACAUCAACCAUCCACUUCAGGUCCCGCUUGUUGUCACAUCCGAAGAUGAGAUGACAGCCGCUUCACUGCGGGAUAAUGGAUACAAUGAUUUCUUCGAAUACGUGAACAAGUGCAACGUUGAAGAAUCGGCCCUGAAAGGAAACGCAGAGGGCAGUCUCGCUGACUAUGCUGAAUUCUUGAACAUCUCCGAGGAAGGUCUCACCGUUUCUAGCGAGGACUAUGAGAAAAAGCGGUAUAAACGGUACCGCCAGUGGCUCCGCGGCAAGAGUCUUUUCAAACAGCGUGUCGAUGCAUGA